UGAAGAUAGACGCGGAUCGCGCAUGCUCCGCGCGGCACAACGGCUGCAUAGCGCGCGACCGCAACUUGUUGAUUGUUCACUCACUUCGCGCCAGUCUGUCGCGAGCGAUGCGUCGGGAGGUUGUGUCUCGCGUCGCUGCCGCUCUCGCCAACUUCGAACUUAUCUAUCGGAAAUAUGUGAAGUUUCCGAACUUAAACUCGUGCAGAACUCCCGUACCGUUCGCUUUUAAUAAUGUUUAGUUAUCGUCAGACGUGUUUAAAGUGUAGUAUAGAGUAUUGAAACUUAAUAGGCUCACCGUUCCACUUUACCUGUGCUCGUCCCACGACCGUGCGAAGCAGCUACCUUAUCGGAUAAAUAAACGAACAUUUUUCAAAUGGAUGUGCUCGAGUUCUGUGAUAGUGUGCGUGGUUUGUGCGAUUACGAGACCUCGUGAGUGCUUCAGUGACAAGUCGCUUUAGCGACGUGUAAGAAAUAGUAAUAAAGUUAAGUUAUACUUGAAGAAUGUGGCGGGAAAGUCGAUUGGCAACGUUGCUGCUGCUGGGAUCGCUCGCAGUGGCGUCGGCGCAAUUCAAUAAAGCCCGAGAGCACACAUCACACCACGUCACGAGACUAAGGCACUCCAGACACCUCCAAGGAAACACUCCAAAUAUAUACACAGCAUCCUUCGCCGGCACAUCACCCAAGCUGGCCGUGAAGGACAACCACAAACCGUUAUUCACCGAGUGCCUCACCUACCGACCCACCGUUCAAGAGGAGCAGCCGCAAGGGACCUAUGUUUUUACGGUGCACGCCGAAGACCGGGAUCCCCCGGAGAUGGGGGGUACUGUCACGUACAAGUUCGUGUCCACUCCUGGCGAGAAGGAGCGGUUCCACGUCGACCCUGAGACUGGCAGAAUCACUACAGCUGAUGUUUUCGAUCGAGAUGAACCGUCCAGAGAAAAAGAAGCAUAUAUCACUGUGCGAGCUAGUGACAAUGGCCAACCACAGUUGGAUGAUGCUUGUACCAUCAAAAUAGUCAUCGAAGAUAUCAAUGACAACCAGCCAGUAUUCGACAAAGUUUCCUAUUCGGAAUCCGUGCCUCAAGACCUGCCGAGCGGGCGCGAGGUGAUGAGGAUAUCAGCGACAGACAUCGACGACGGGAACAACUCCAUCGUCCACUACAGUCUCGACACCAACUCGCCGGACCAAGCUUAUUUCUAUAUAGACCCCGACAAUGGAGUCAUAUUCUUAAAUAAAACUAUUGAUAAAGUGCCUGGCUACAAAUUCAAGUUGAGCGCAAUAGUGAAGGACAUGGGCGACCCGCCGCAGCAGAGCUCCAUAACUUUGGACAUCCAAGUGGUGGAGUCUAACAAGAAAAGUCCUUCCUUCAUAGAAGUUCCAGAUGGGCCGAUAAGAUUAAAAGAAAAUUAUGCGGAUUUCAAUGCGCAUAUAGCUACAGUUAGAGCAGUUUCAAAUAUUCCCGAAGAGAAGAAACUUCUGUUCGAACUUGUGAUGGGUCAGACUGAACAGACAAACAAAUGGCACACGUUUGUAUUAGAGUCUGAAGCCGACACAGCUUAUAUUAAGCUGGGGAACCAUUUAGACUUCGAAAAAAUUACAGAUUACACUUUAACAGUGAGAGUACAGAAUAAUUAUAACUUAGCGGCAGAAACUAUCAUACAGAUAGAAGUCGAAGACGUAAACGAUAACAUUCCUAUAUUUAGUGAAGUUAGAUCAGGGAGUGUUCUAGAAAACGAACCUCCAGGCACACCCGUCAUGCAAGUCAGAGCUUUUGACGCUGACGGAACUUCAGCAAACAAUCAAGUGACAUACGAACUUGCUGAUCCCUCAGACCCUUUCUCCAUUGACAGUAUCACUGGCAACAUCACCACACUUAAGGAAUUUGAUAGAGAAGAACAGACAUACUACAAUAUCAAGAUUAUUGCCACAGACAAUUCUGAAUCUGCUCUGAUUCCUGGGAAACACAAUUCUGGCCAACAAGUGUUUAGGAUAGAGAUAGCUGAUAAAAACGACAAUCCACCUCACUUUACACAGGAUACUUAUAUUGCGGAGUCGAUAGCGGAAAACGCUAAUAUUAACGUGUUGGUGACACAAGUUGCGACGGUAGACAAAGAUUCAGCUUCGAAUGUCUCCUUUAGCAUCGUCGCCGGCAACACCUACGACGCUUUUGUGAUCAGCCCCAUCACAGGCGAAAUAAGAGUGAACAACAAACUCGACUACGAAAACAUUACCAGCUACAGUCUGGAUGUCCGAGCUUUCGACGGCCUGUAUGAAGACUACGCUAAAGUUAUUAUCAAUAUCGAAAACUUGAACGACAACCCGCCUAUAUUCGUAGCGAAUUAUUCGAAGACCAUUGAAGAAGAGAAGUUAUAUGAAGGAUGUAUGGUUAAGGUUGAAGCAUAUGAUCCAGAUAUCAAAGACCGUAACGCUCCGCAAAACAUCCAUUAUUCUUUAGUAAAACACGAACAAAAGGAAUUUCUUAAAAUCGACGAUGAUGGAUGCCUUCGACUGACGAAGCCUUUGGACCGGGACCCUCCUACCGGGUAUUCAACCUGGCAGGUCCUCAUAGUGGCCGCUGAUCAAGGUGGCAAACUCGGUUCAGACAGCUUGAGAUCGACCACCGAAGUCAUUUUGCAGUUGACGGACAUCAACGACAACGCACCCUUCCUGACUAAUACGGAGCCCGUAAUCUGGUACGAGAACGAACCGCCAGGCGAGGUGGUCACUCUGACGGCGAAAGACUACGAUUCUAAAGAGAACGGUCCCCCGUUCACCUUCGCACUGAAUGAUUCCGCUUCGUCAUUGGAUAUUCGGUCCAAAUUCCAGAUCCAAGGAAACAAGCUAUGGACCCUAGUGUCGUUCGAUCGCGAGGAACGCAAGGAGUACAGAAUACCCGUCGCCAUCACGGACUCCGGGACCCCCAGGAUGACUGGGGUGUCCAUACUGCACGUGGUCAUUGGGGACAAGAACGACAAUCCUAUGGCACCGGGACAUAGCAACAUCUUCGUUUACAACUAUAGGGGCGAAGCACCGGACACAGAAAUCGGUCGAGUGUACGUCCUGGACCCUGACGAUUGGGACUUACCAGAUAAGAGGUUCAUGUGGCUGCCAUCCUACGAGCAGAGGAGCCCGUACUUCGAUGUCCACAGCAAUACUGGAAUGAUCACCAUGAAGACUGGGACGCCGAAUGGCACUUAUAUGCUGAAGUUUAAUGUGACAGAACAGAACGAGCCAAUCGUCCCAUUCCACUGGGUGGAGGCCACAGUUAAUGUGACCAUCAAGGAGAUACCUGAAGAGGCGGUGGACAAGUCCGGCUCCAUCCGGUUUAUCAACGUUACCGCUGAGGAGUUCAUCGUCGACGAGGGUGAUGGCUCAAGUAAAAAGGACAAACUACAUCACCGUCUGGCGAAGCUCUACAACACGUCUCUGGACAACGUGGACGUAUUCACGGUGUUCAACAAACCUACAGUGAAAGAUGCGUUCCUAGAUGUGAGGUUCUCUGCGCACGGAUCGCCAUACUAUCCACCUGAGAAGCUGGACAGCAUGGUCACCACAAUACAGGAGGAGUUGGAGAAAGAGCUGAACGCUAGAAUCUACAUGGUCAACAUCGACGAGUGCAUGGUCGAGAAGGUCGAAUGCGAGGACUCCUGCCGCAACGUGCUGAUGAAGAACAACGUGCCUCUGUCCGUGUAUACAAACACUAGCAGCUUCGUUGGCGUGUCCGCGAGGGUGGAGCCGGAGUGUACUUGUGAGGUGGAAAGCAGGAUCGUGUGUUUGAAUGGAGGCACACCAUUCGCCGACAAAUGCGAAUGCCCCGAAGGCCUCACUGGCCCCCGCUGCGAGCAGACCUCCAUCGGCUUCCACGGCGACGGCUGGGCCAUGUACCCUCCACCUCCGGCCUGCCAUGAAGGCCACAUGACCCUCACUGUGACGUCACACACCAGCAACAGCUUGGUCUUCUAUCUGGGGCCCCUCAAGUAUAAUCCUCUGCUAGAUGUUCAAGACUUCCUCUCCCUGGAACUAGUCGACGGCUACCCGAUCCUCCUAGUGAACUACGGCUCCGGAACCACGAGACUCAACAACAGCGUCAUCCACGUCGCCGACGGCAAGCCUCACCUCAUCGAGAUCGUGCUAAUGAAGAGCUCCAUAGAGAUGUUCGUGGAUCGGUGCAAGCUGUCCACGUGUAUGAGCCUGGCGGCGCCUAUUGCACCAAGAGAGAUACUUAAUGUGAAUGGACCCCUUCAACUGGGUGGAGCAACCAUCGACUUCAGACAUCUGGCACACCAGUUUGGCUGGCAGCAUAUACCCACCAACCAGCAUUUCGUCGGCUGCAUAAGCAACUUCACAUACAACGACUACUAUUACAACCUCGGCGAGCCCUCCGUCCACCGCAAGGCGGACCCGGGCUGCCAGCUCAGCGUCUCCACAGCGGUCACCUUUGGCAUCGACACCAAUUUCCUGGUAGCCAUCUUGGUGUGCAUAGCCAUCUUAGUCAUCCUACUACUGGCAGUGGUCGUCCACCGGCGCCGAGCGGACGCCUGGGCGGAGAAGGAACUGGACGACAUCAGGGAAAACAUCAUCGCGUACGAGGACGAGGGUGGCGGCGAAGGGGACGCUGGAUACGACCUCCACGUGCUCAGGCAGAUGUAUGAUGGGCCGCCCCCGGAUCAGGAUGGCACGUUCAUGCACACACCAGGUGUAGUAGGCGCAGCGCCCGACAUCUCCGGUUUCCUGGACGACAAGAAGUCCGUUCUCGACCGCGACCCCGACAUCAACCCGUACGAUGACGUUCGACACUACGCGUAUGAGGGAGACGGCAACACCAGCGGCUCGCUCUCGUCGCUCGCCAGCUGUACGGACGAUGGAGACCUAAAAUUCAACUAUCUAUCUACGUUCGGGCCGCGCUUCCGAAAACUAGCCGACAUGUACGGCGAGUCCGACGACGAGCGCGCGCCGCACGAGGAGUCCUGGUGCUAGCACCACGCCUGGCUCGUGUAGCCACCAAAAUCCACCCUUAUAUGACUCUUACAUAAGGCCUAAAGCCCUGUGAGUGAAUAGACCAAGCUUCGAGAUGCCUUAUCGCUUCACGGCGUUUGAUUUCGACACCGUAGCCUGUGUUCCAAGUGAAAUUUAAGUGUUAUCUGGACCCACCGUUGGAAUAAGUUCCCUGUUAAGAGCAGAAAUUGAUCGAUCUAUAGGUAAUUAAGAAGCCUGUGAUAAUUAAUGCGAUCUACUUUACAAGCACAGGAACUAAAAAGUUCCAUUAUGAGUAAAGCUAUGACGUUAAGGUAAUAUUAGCUAAUAUUACGCCAUUUUUUGAGUUAUAUUUUUUUACUUCUCUGUACAAGUUUUUUACGUCUUCCAUUCAUUUCUGAGCUAAACAAAGUUGAACUUUUCUUAAUUCUUAGUAUUGUAAAAUAAAAUCUCCAAAUAUAAGAAAACGCGGUCUGAAGUUAUUAUUACUCACGGAAUAUCACAACCACUCAACAAAGAAACAGCUCAGAAAUAAAUUGAAUCGUAUUGAACCUAUCAACUAAAUAUCCCAUUUUGAACCUUCGUGUAACAUCACUUAAGAAUCAAAACAUUAGACAUGUUAAAUAUGUUUUUUAAGAAAAUGACUGAUUUGUAAAGUUGUUUAGGCAUCGUUGUAGAUACGCCUAAAUUAUUUCUUGUAGGUAUGGUAAUUUUAUAUAAAUUAAACUUAAGUACGUACAGCUUGGUUAAGAAUAAGUAAUUUUAGUGAUUGUAAGUACUGCGGUAUGUUCAAUUGUUCAUUACUUUUGUAUGAUUGUAAAUUAUUGUAUUGAAGAAAGAACAUUCACGUGACUGGCAGUAUUUAGGCCAUUGCAGCUAAGUAUGAAUUUAAAGUUAAGUGCCAUUUUUACUUUUUGUAUUUAAACAUGAUUUUUGAUUACUUCAAUUUAAUAUUAAACUUGACAUUAACGUUUUUAAAAGUGACAUUUUUCUGUGUUUUAACUUAUUGUUCUCGGUGUACGGCCUAAAUGAAAGAAAUUUAUUGCAGUUUCUUUCUCUCUCCGCUUACCUAUGAUUUGUAUUGUAUGACAGAUAAAGAGAAUGUAGUAAACUUUUCGGUGUAAAAAUGUCAUAAGUGGCAUCCUUGUAAACCUUUAUUAAGGACUAGUCUGUCUCUCAUGAUCAUCCAAGAUAAUAAUUGUGAGUCAUCUGUGGUGCCGUUAAAGGCUUGUGCUUGGCUUAAAUGACAUCGUUAGUGUACGUAUAAACGAUAUUUCGAAGUCAUUAUGUCAAUAUUGCUGUAACUUAAGUCUACAUGAAACUGAUUUAUAAUUAUUAUCUCGAAGACUUGCUAUGCCUAUUUAUCAAUGCAAUUGGGUACUUGACACAUGUUGAAUAUUAUAACAAAAUUUAGUUUAAUGGAUAGAAAAUGAGCCAUCCAUUAUAAAAAAGUGGAAUUUAAAAAAUUAUAUUGAGAUCAUACAAAAAUGAAAGGGUCCAUAGUCUCAAAAAAAAAUUUUUUUUGUCUUUCAUUAAUAGAAAAGAAAAUGGUACCAUUCGAUUCCUUGCAUUUCAUUGAAAAAUAAAUUGUAUGACAACUAUAUACAUAAACGCAAUAUUUCAGGGUCAAAAUGGCAAUUUUCUUGAUCUUCCAUACAUUUAGCACAGACUUAUGUGAUGUGACGUCACAUCACAUUAUCAUUUUGUUAGAGGCGUUUCAAUUGUCGAGUGCGAGCGUCAGACUUAACUCUCAUUUCUGACCUUUGUGUUGCUUCAAUGCCAUGAGUCCUAUAUAGAUCAAGAUCGUUUGACAUUAUUUACAAAAAAACUGUCAAGUAGCCAAUUUGGUUAUCCUAAAUAUGUGCAAGUACAGUUACAGAAUAUCUAUCUUCAGUUUUAACGACACCACAAUACUUUUCGAUGUCAUGGGACACAAGCUGGACCUUAAAAGGUAAAAUUCCUUGGUAUGGAGUUCGUCCAUUUGUGUUAGUGUUAAGUUUCUUUUUAUAUUCUUUAUACUAUGACGUAAUUUUAUUUCAUUGUAGGCAAAACUUGUUUUUUGUCAAUUAUUUAUACAAUUUGUUUGUAACAUAAACGUCCAGUUUUCUAUGUGGUGCAUUUGAAUAAAGAAAUAAGAAUUUA